CUCCCCUCCGCCCUUGUUCUUCUUACGUCCGCAUACACACUUAAAGACCGCCUCAGUGCAUCUUCUACCCUCCUUUGCGCCUUUCUUCGUUCUCUUCCGCCUCCCCUUUUCUACUCCCUAAUCCUCCACCCGAAUUUCCGCCCUCCCGCCAUGCGCGCCGAAUUCCCUGUAUCCUCAUUUCUCUCAGUCUCCAUCAUCCUUGUAGCCUUACCCUUCAAGCGCGUACGGCGCGAUAUCCCGUUCACCUGCCUUCUCCUGUGGCUGCUAGCAUGGAACGUUAUCCAUGCCGUGAACGCCGUUAUGUGGGCAGGUAAUGCGGGCGUGCGCGCCUUAGCUUGGUGUGAUCUCGUGACGAAGGUCAUGCUCGCCGCGCUGAUGGGCGUCGCGGGCUGCGCCCUCUGCAUGCUGCGCGUGCUCGAAUUCCUCGCCUCUGCACGUAAUCCUGGACCCAAUUCCCGACGCAACACUGUAUCAAUAGAAAUUCUCUUCUGUAUCGUCAUUCCCGUCUUAUAUAUGCUCCUGCACUUCAUCGUUCAGGACCAACGAUUCUCGAUAGCUGCCGACAUUGGCUGCGUCGCAUCAAUCCAUCCAUCAUCUCCGUCUCUCAUUCUCAUGUGGCUGCCGCCCGCUAUUGAGUGUGUGGCAGCCUUCGCCCUCUCCUGCAUCGCUGUGCACCACGCCACCCGCCUUCCCUCGACACUCCUAGACGAGCACCUAUCCACACGGACUCCUAUUUCCUCCGGCCUACUCCUCCGGAACCUCUGCUUCGCCAGCACGGCAUGCAGCCUCGUCGUCAUCGCUGUCCUGUUCGGCGUGUUCUCGCCCACCGUCGUCCAAUGGAGCUCGUGGGCCUCCGUUCACGCUCACAUGAGCGAGGUCAGCAUCAUCCAUGGCAGCGAGGCGCAGGCUGCCGAGGUGAUGUGGUGGAUCGCGUCUGUGGUAACGUUCUUGUGGUUGUUGUGUUUCGUUGCUUUCGGAAGUGAGCGGAGGGAGAUCGUUCAGUCCGUUCGCGAUCGUGUUCGGGGAGUCUUCUCAAGGGGUCAACCACCUCCCGCUCGCCCCGAGUCUACGAUCUCGUUCUUCCACGCCACGGAGCGGCCUUCGAUAAAGUCGAAGUACUCUGACCUCAGCUGCUCGAUGAAGGGCAUCUUUGCGCGCGCACCGAAGCCGCCCAAACCUGCCCAGACGAAGGCGCCCAAGCCAGCUAGAGCAAAGUCAACCCAGACGCUCUCCAUGAUCUGCGAAGACAUCGUCGGCAUCCCGUUCUCCGACCGCCAAUCGCCUCGCUCGGCCUCCACGACCUUCGUAGACCCCCUCGUAGACCCCUCCCCUGUCCCGUCCUCGCGCUUCUCGGUGGCCACGAGUGUCAUUGGUAGCGACAACGACGGGCCAUCGGGAUGGAAGAAGAUCAAGGAGAGCCUGCGCUUGCCUGAGCAGCGCCCAAGGGCGCCGGCGAUUGUGGUGCCGUUGUCUAUUAGGACCGACGCUGAGGCGCGCGAUAGCACGCAACUUCGCUCCGGCUGGGACGACAUGCUCGACGGCGGGCGCAAGUCACCUAUGUGGAACCUCAAGAAGAUCGUCAUCCCGAGCAAGGGCGGCUUAUCGAGCGACAGCAAGACUAAGAACGGCUCACCCACGAGAUCAUCCUCGAGCGAUGAUUCCGACGCGGCCUUCCGCGAGAACACGAUGGAGUACAUGCAGUCGCCCGUUGCGCGCUCGUUGGGUCUGACGUCGCCAACAUACGGCUUGGCAUCGCCCACCAUCGUCUCUCCACCGCCUGCAUACUCCUCGCCCCCGAGGCGCGGCGUUCUGGAACGUCCGCCAUCGUGCACGCCGCCUCGGCCGCCUUCCGUCCCUCUCGUGCCCGCCCACCGUCUCUCUGCUCCCAUCGACCACAGCGUCCCGGUCCUUGAUCGAAAGGAGUUAGAACACCACGACCGCCAACAGUCGGACCUCACGCUCAUCCUCCGCGAUCCGCCAAAGUCGCAGAGCAUCCCCGAAGACGCCAAAUCGACAAUCUCGUCCAUCUGCCGCGCGCCGUGGCCGGAGCCGCCGUGCUCGCCGCCGCCAGUGCCCUCCAAUGUGGCACCUCUGGUGUUGCCGGACGAUAAGCCCAUGAUGCUGUCGUCGGUACCUACUAGGUCAUGGUCGAUGCCUACCGCGACCUUCUCAACGGCCGUCUCAUCGACCGCGUCCCCGCCCUCACCUGUGCCCUCGCACCACUCGCGCGACUCGAGCGGUGUUUUUGGGCAGGCGUUCUGAGCGACGUCUUCCGGGCGAGGGGCUGAACAUGGCGUCGGUGAGCGGUCAGGACCUUUCUCAUCUUCUCCUACUUGUAGCUUUAGUUUCUCCUAUGCGUAUGAUGGUCAUGUUGACGCCUAUGCGCAUCAUGCCAGUGUGGCUUGUUAAUGCUCGCCCAUGUACAUAUCGUUCCCCCAUCAAUCUCAAGCCUUCCUCUCCUUCCCUCGCAAGCUCGUGUAACCUAGCGUCGUCUAAUGCAUCGACUUGUCCGCCGUUCCUUGACUACAUCGUGCUACUUGUAGAGUAUCGGAAAGUAUAACCCGCAUCCUGAAUGGUGGAGCUUUCCCACUUCGGGGAGGAGGACCGCAGACGAGCCUCC